AUGCCCAUCGACUAUUCUAAAUGGAAAGCGAUUGAGGUAUCGGACGAUGAGGAUGAUACCCAUCCGAACAUUGACACUCCCUCACUGUUCAGAUGGCGUCAUCAAGCACGUCUCGAAAGAAUGGCAGAAAAGAAGCAGAAGAGGGAAGAAAUUGAGAAGAAUAAGUCGGCGAGCAAUAGCAAAGUUGAGGAAUUAGAGCAGAAACUAAAAUCCGCAGAUAUCACUGCUGAAGAGAAAGAGAAAAUCGAGAAGGAAAUCGCAGAAAUCAAGGAUCAAGAGGCGAAAUGGUUGGCUAAAGAGAAAGAACUGGAAGAACAAGAGCGACUCGAGCCGUGGAAUGUGGACACCAUCGGACAUGAAGCGUUCAGUUACUCGCGCAUUAACAAAGAACAAGAGCGACUCGAGCCUUGGAAUGUGGACACCAUCGGACAUGAGGCGUUCAGUUACUCGCGCAUUAACAAAGUUGGUGAAAAGAAACCUCCACCAAAGCUAUCCGAUGAAGAGGACUCGAAAAGAAUGGUGAGUCAGUUUUGA